AGGUUCUGAAUGUUUCUGUUCACUUGUACAUUCUAGUCUACCUCUUCUUUGUUCCUUUCUCUCAAACCAUUGAGAAAUAAAAAAAAUGGGAAACGAAACUCGUGACCAACAAAUACUCGAAAAACUUUCAUCUUAUAACAAUCAAAAGACUCACACUCAAUCUCAUAUGACUCACAACCAAAAGCACAAGCUGAAAUCUUCUAUGCUAAUCAUAUUUACCAACCUUGUCACCAUUUACAUGUUCACUGGUCCAUUUAGUUUCAUGUAUAAGUACUCUUCUAUGAGUCCUAGUGACUCAAACUCCAUCUUGCAGGAACUCAACUCCACCAAAGCUCAACUUGCUGCAAGCCACACAAUAUUAUCUGAGCUGCAUCAAAGACUAAACUCCACUAAUUUACUUGUCCAGGCCUUGCUUAUCGAUCUCACCCGCGAACAAGAAAAACAAUCCAACCAUGCAGACAAGAACACCUUGACUGCAAACCUUGUAAACGGUGAUUCCAAUACAGCUGCUGCUACAAUAUCUGAUGAGCUCGGUAUUGCACUUGGCCCUCACAAGCUCCCUUUCGAGUACUCACCGAAGAUCGGGUCAGGGGAGAUUUACAUGCCUGUUGGUGAAGCCUGCUUGAGGCUUCAUGAGGAGUUAAAGCAAUAUAUGACAUAUGACAUUGGAGGGGAAUGUCCUGUAGAUGAUGUACUUUCACAAGGACUUAUACUAAAAGGGUGUGAACCGUUACCUCGUCGGAGAUGCCACUCGAAGUCUCUGACAAAUUAUGUAGAGCCAACGCCUUUACCGGAUAGUCUUUGGAUGACUCCACCGGACACAAGCGUUAUCUGGGAGCCUUAUAGUUGUAAAAGUUACCAGUGUCUUGUUGAUAGAAAGAAUGAGCCUGGUAAUUCCUAUGACUGCAAAAGUUGCUUUGACUUAGAGAAAGAAGAAAAGAUUAAGUGGAUAUUUGAUGAUGGUGGACUUGAUUUUGGAAUAGACCAAGUUCUUGCGACAAAAGCAGCCGGAACAAUUCGGAUAGGACUUGACAUUGGUGGUGGGACUGGAACAUUUGCUGCAAGAAUGAGAGAACGAAACGUGACAAUCAUUACAAGCACGCUGAAUUUGGAUGGUCCAUUCAACAACAUGAUUGCAUCAAGGGGUUUAAUAUCGAUGUAUAUUAGCAUAUCUCAAAGGUUUCCGUUCUUCGACAACACGUUGGAUAUUGUGCAUUCUAGGGAUGUCAUUGGCAAUUGGAUGCCAGAUACCAUGGUUGAGUUUGUGUUGUAUGAUAUAUACAGGGUGUUGAGGCCAGGAGGUCUAUUCUGGCUUGAUCAUUUCUUCUGCUUUGCUUCACAGAUCAAAAAAACUUAUGUGCCGAUGUUGGAUAGAGUUGGAUUCCAUAAACUGCGAUGGCAUGUUGGAAUGAAAGUUGAUUCUGUGGUUCAAAAGAAUGUGUGGUACAUUUCAGCUCUGUUGGAAAAACCAAUGAUUUGAGGAAGACAUAUGAAUUUGUAUGCUAUAUUUAAUGAACAAAGUUUUUAUUGUUUUAAAAAUAAUCGUGUAAAAGAAAUGGAAAGAUCCGGAGUUCUUGA